CCAAUGCGAUCUCAUUAUUCGUGUCCUCUACCGCCACAUUCUAGCUAGCUAAUACUGCUACCAUUUUAUAAUAGCUAGCUAGAGAUAAAAAGACGAUGGAGUCAACUGCUCGUGUUUCUUAUAAGCUGGAAGACAACGAAGACUUGGAUCCUCAAGAACUGAACGACCAGGCACUGCAGCGAAUUAGUCAAAAUCACGAAGAAUUGCUCGAAUUUGUGGAAUUAUGUUCCAAAUUUGCGCAAAAAAGUUGGAUCUACGACCUCAGCGAGACUCUGCGGCUGACUAGACUACAAGGCAAAGCGGAAUACAUGCUCCAAUAUGUCGUCGAAGACAACUUCCUAGCAGACCCUGCUGGUCAUUCCUACGGAGCCGUCAGUUGCGAUUUCCAAGUCAAGGAAACAACACUUAGUCACGACUACGACUUGAAAGCGCUCAAGUCACGUGUCGUGGAAAUGUUUGAGUGGUACGAGAACGAGGAAAUCAGACAAAAGUUCCUUUCGCCCUACUUUCCUCUCAUACAAUCCAGUGGAAUGGGAAAAACCAAGCUACUCUAUGAACUCAAACAGUACUUUACUUUGGAUGAUAAGUCAUAUCACGUUGUCCUGGUACUCUGUUCCAGUGGAGAACUCGAGGGAGAUAUGAGCCAAACCUACAAUGAAGCCGUGGAAAUGGAGGAAUGCAUGAAACGAGAGCCAGAUCCAAAAAUGAAAUACAGAGAAGUGGAAAAAGAACUUGAACAGCUAUGCAAACGUCACAACAAUAAACCCACCGUUCUGCUAUUUGACGAAGCACAGAAUAUACUCGUGGGAAAAGACAAUCACUUGUUCAACUGCAUUCAAUGGUGGCUUGCCAAGAAAAACAAACAACCACUCAAAGUUGUCGCUGUUUUCGCCGGAUCCACACUACAAUUUGCACACAUUGAACGAGAACCGCCAGAAUCAAAGCAUUGGGGAGAAUACUGGAUGGACGGAUCUGAACGGUAUCCACCUUUUUUUCAGCUUCAUACCAUGGGGUGUUUACUCAAAAAACACCGACAAAACAAAGCCGACAAUACUGAAUUUGAUGAAUCGGUGGCAUACGGAAGACCCCUCUUUGCAAAAAUGGGAGAACGACGAUUGCUUCACGACGAAUCACAAGUCGACAUUCUGAAACGACUCGUUUUGUCACACGAGGAGGAUUGGCGGAAACGCGCGGACUCGUGUUUCAGCGUCCUGGCCACACGAGUCCAAAUGGGACAAACCAGUUUCAAUAUUGCCUCGGAACUCGUGUCGAGAGGAUAUGCCGUGCUGCAAAAUCUCGACAUGGAACAACGAGUAGCCGAAAUUUGUCAUUUGCCCGAUCCCGUCUGUGCUCGAUUGGCCAUGUGCUUGAUGAAGGAGGAUUAUACAACCGCAGGUGCACCAGAUUUGCAUGGAUACAAUCGGAAAUUUUGGGCCGACAAAAUGGCCGAAAUCUUUUCCGAGCAAACCUGUGUGCCUUCGGCGGGGGAUGUGGGAGAAGUUUUCUGUGCACUCUAUUUGCUUUUCUGCGGGGACAUUUUAAGAUUUCAAAACAAAGACGACAAAGAAUGCAAACACUUCUCCGUUUCGCUUUGCAAUUGGAUACACUUGCUCAUUGCCGGGGGUGGCCCUGGGAGGACCAACGCCGGCGGCGAAGGGGAAGACGGAGAACACAAUGAAGAGGAUGAGGGGGGCAAUGAUGAGCAAGAUCAGGCUACUACUCCGCGUGAUGGUGAUUUUGUCUUUGAACCUCCCGCACAAACCAUUGAUGCUUCCGUUUGUUUCAUUCAACUCACGCAAAACUACCUACGCUUCAACGAAUCGAUGCACGCAUGGACACAACAACAUUUCCUGGAACAUCUCUACAAGUCACGGUCCGCCUUUUACGUAUUCGAGGACUGUUCUGUGUUUGAUAUUUUUGGUUCCAUUCGAAUCAACAGCAGCACACCUACGUAUGUGCCUCUCCUCAUAUCAGUCGUCAAUCUACCCAAAUUCUCGCCUUCCGAAGCAACCAGUUCCUGUUGUGCAAUGGAAAUGAUGCUGACUAAGGCACGGUGCUAUGGAGGACUAUGUAUUCUACUGGUCCUGGGACGGACCGUUCAUUCAGAAUUUGACGAAGAACUGGUCUUGACUAAUGAGGAUCUCGAACUUAUCCCCAACGAGAUUGUAGCCAAAGUCAUUGAAAUUCCAACUGACGACGCAUUUGGCCUUACCAAGAAAUUCUGGAGUGUCACCUCGAGCGAUACCGAGUUUUCGGAAGUAUUUGGAUCCCAUUCCUUCUUGGCAUGGCACCAAGAGGACGAUAUCGAAUCGGCCGAGUUUUUGCGAAGGGGCAAACGGACAGAAAAUGCUAAUGGCUCGGAUCAUCCGCUCCACUAUCUGAAUGAAUUGCGGCGAGCUGUUGGUUUCACCCCUCCAAAAGGCAGCUAGAGACUGCGAGGAAUGUGAUGAAAUGGAAAGGGAAAGGGAUUUGCGAUGUUUUUAUGAGCUGCAGAUUGGUGUUAUUGGGCUGUUUUUAGUUUCAACCGUCGUUGGUUCCUCGAUACUUGCGGGUUACUAUACUUGCGGCCCUUGGAACUCCAAUUACAAAUCAUGUCUCGGCGACCGAUGACGACAGUGACGUGAGCGCGGGUCAGAAUUGACGACGUAGUGUUGAAGAGACGUGGGCACACUGGAGUUUUGCAUGUGAUGAUGCCGUACGAGAAUAUUUUUUUGCUGGUUUGGCGCACGGAUGGCACCAUGCAUUCACCGUGAGAGGCUACACCCUGAGAUGCGUGAUCCACUUGAACGAGCAGGUUAGUGGCUCGUGCAGCAAAGAUGGCGGUUUACGACCUGCAGAUCCGAUUUUGGGACGAUUUUCGCGAGCUGUGAUAUGGCAUACUUGCAACACGAACAGGGAUCGAUGCUAACUUAAAGACGAGGAAUGUUACCUUCUAGAAACUUCAAGAAAACCAGCCCCUGCAAUUGACUGGCCGCCAUGAAUCAAAAGCGCAGAAAGAAAAUCCGGAGAUGCCCAGCACGAAUCCCUUCCAGCAGCAUGGACAAACUCCGCACCAAGAAUCAACCUCAAUCCAACGACGUACGUACCGUCCGGUACAGUCAUCGCUGCCCUGGAGAAAUCCUGAUCCAUACGACCAAAAAUCCUGAUCCAUACGACCAAAAUGGACCAGAAGAAACAACCCACAAUGGAAGCACUCGAUCCUUGCAUAGCUCUGGUGCCUGGAACUUCUGAUUGAGUGUUUCGAGUUUUGCCGAACACCGUAUCAGACAACUCUGCUUGUCUCUCUACACACAACAACCCACCACGAAAGCUCCUUUCCCGAGCAGGAUUCCAAUACCAGCUACUCAUUGGAAAGAAUGCCACUCUUUCGAGCCAUGCAUCCAAGGGUGGGGCUUCCGUGCGCGCCACUCGUGUGCUGAUCUGAACUGGAUGUAGAUCAAAUGGACUGGGUUUGCUGGAUCUGAAGCAACCGUUUCCCUCAAGAAUAUCGCAUAGAUCCAAAGAACGAUACACCACACGAGAGACACAAGAUGAUCGAGCCUCGUUAUUCCAAUCUUCCGCCUUCCUUCUUCUCUCGUUGCGACUAUGCCCGCCAGUACCAAGGAUAGGAAACCUACGCGAGUGUUACCAAGAAGAAUUCCACAAGCCAUGCAUAUCUCGACAACACACAAGAAGCUAUAGAGCCUACCAACAAGAAUGAUGAAUCCGUGGGUGGACCUUAGACACGAAUUUGGUUUGGUGGACGAAAAACAGAGCUUGCCUCCGUUUUCUCGGGUCUGGCGUGAUAUCUAUGUAUGCUUGGUGCCACGAACGCUCGUCUCCACGAGGAAACUGCAUUCAUCGGUGACUGAUGAAGCGGCUCAGCUUUGGACAGCGUCUUACCCUACAAAUUUCCCAACGACUGAACCAUUCACCGUGGUCUGUUGUUGCGUUGUAUGGUAUACAUCUCAAUAGUUGGAUCAUGCCGCUGCCUCGCCCUGAUCAGCAAAGGCGUGCAAAAAGAGACAGAACUGAUUCGAUUCGUUUGGCUCCCUCGAGCUCUCUAGCUAAAAGUCGCGGCCGAAAUUGCGUUUCUGAAACGUGACCAAAAGUCUGGAGCGCAUCGCGUUUGACUCGACGUCAUGAUAUUGUGUAGUAGUGCACACGCAGUCCUCAGUAAUUGCGCUGUGCAUCAAUGGACUCUUUUUUUGAGCUUGUGCCGCACAAGAAGCUCGAUAGUACGGGAGCUCGAGUGGAAUUAAGGCAUUUCUUGGAACCAGCCCACGAUGACGAUUGGAUACCGUUCUUUGCUUAGUUUUCGGCAAGAAGAAAGACAAGCCGAAUUGAAAGAUAGAGAUACCACAGGUUGCCCCCCUCAAUCACCAUUACCUUGCUGCUAUGUGUACUGCAUGCUGGCACCGCACCUGUGCCCCAUUGGCAACGACACUUUGCUUACAGACAUAGACGUGACCAUGCACAUAAUAUUUGAUUAAAGGACCUCUUACUUGUCUUGACCCCUCCGAAAGUAUCGAUGUUGGUGACAUUGUCUAGCUAGCUAAAGAUA